AUGAUAUUCCAACAACUCUUCAUAGGAGCAAAGCUGAUUGCCCGAGGAGAUGGGAAGAACAAUUUGGCAAGCGGUGACUAUGACGAGGCAGUAAAACCUUCACAAACUAAUGGUUCUGCUCUGAAACAUCAAUCAGAUAUGCCACCACCACCAGCUCCACCCCCUCGGAACAAUAAUUUCAAUGGAAAGGAGAAACAAUUGGUCCCUAUUGCUAGAGCAGACGAUGAUGACAUUUUUGUCAGAGAUGGAGUUGAUUAUUCAGUUCCUAACAAGGAAAUGAGCCAAAGCCCUGUUUCUGAGGAUAUGGAGGAAUCAACACAUAACCAGCAGAAGCAGUCCUAUUUCACUGAACCCAUGUAA